AUGGCCGGGAAAAGGCAGCGUAUAACAAGCCCAUGCCCACCAGCCCCAUCCCCAAAGCGCCCAGCGAAUCCGAUGUCCACCAAGCAGGCUGCCAUCCACCAUCUCAUCCAGACCCUCCACGCCCUCCGAGCACCCCAGAGCCACCCGCCCGGCUGCGAGGAACCCAGGGCGAAGCGGAUCAGGAUCGAAGCCGCACCCGACGGCUCAGCCUCGCUCGUCGUCGCCGCAGCCCAGCCCAGCGGCUGCCACCCCGAGAACGGCCUCCAGCGACCCACGACGAUCACCAACCAGCACUCCCCGCUCGUCUCAGCCACCACCCAGCAGUACGGACGGGUGAUCAUGAAGAAGGACGCACUGAUCAGCAAGAUCGGGCUCGAGGCCGCCCAACGUGCUAUCCGCAAGGCCACCCAGGACGAUCGGGCACCCGCCCGAGACUUGACCGGCCCGCUCUCCGAGCUGGCCAACGAGCGCCCAUCCCCGCCCGCCCCCAGCCCGACCGUCCACCCCAGCGAUCCCCAGAGCCUGUUCUGGUCCCCACCCACGCCCCACGGCGGUCCCAGGACGAGACAUGUGCCGAUCGACCGCCAACAGAUCCUCAUCGACCGUCUGGGCCGCCCGGACAUCCGCUGGCCGCUCCACCGGCCCUCCACCCCGCCCAACCAGCAGGCCUUCUUCCGCACCGACGAACUCACCAUCCGCCCAGGCUACCGGCCCCUCUCCCAGCUCUCGUUCGGCCUCCAGCCCGGCUGCUCCGCGCCCUCCGCCGGCCCACUCGACAGGAUGCUCAAGCCCGGAUGCAACCUCUCCCAAGCUUUCCUCCUCCGCGCCCCCUCCCCGACCCUCCCCCCCUCCGCCGGCGGCCCUGACCCGGCAGACGAGAACCGCAGCCCGACCGCCGCCUUCCCGUCCCGUCCCUCCGCCCAGCGCCCUUCUCCGCAAGCCAGACCUCAUCCCCCGCCACCUUUUCCUACCAACGACUUCUCGCCCUGCUCGCCCCUAAGAAACGACCUCCUCAAACUCAUCGACCACCACCACCACCAUCAUCAUCAACAGCAGCAGCAAGUCAAACUCGAGAACAACCCCACCCCCGCUCAUUCCCCCUCUAUCCUCAGCCAGCACCCUCACCAUCACCAACGUUGGCUGACCGAGCGCGACUCCAACUCCCCGUUCUAUGUCGACAAUGCGUUCCCCGAUAACCCCUUUGUUCUGGACACCCCUCUCGAUAACUUCUUGGGCUUCUUCUAA